AAAAGGCGCUAAACUUGGGCGCUCAUAUUUUUCCAUUGGUUCCCUACUCAACCCACGAUGUCCUCUUCUCUCGGCUCAUACUUCCCUCGUUAUCAUCGAUUCUUUUUCUUUCCUACGCCUUCUAUCUUUUUCUGUCCAGAGGUUUCUUCUAGGACUCUUGAGAGAAGCAGUCAAUCAAGAUAUGGAUAGAAGUUGGAUGUCACUUCCUGAUAGAUUCAGUCAGCCAUAUAUAGACGGGGUGAGCUCGUUUAUUGAAUUUGCAAAGACACAUUCGGGUGAGGCAACAAAAAUCAAGUGCCCAUGUAUCAAGUGCUGCAACUUCUACAAGCAAGAGUAUAGCAAUGUAGAAACUCAUCUGCUCGUAAACGGGAUUAAGCAAUCUUACACCACUUGGUUACAACAUGGGGAACUUCCACAACCUGAUGAGCUGGAUGAGGAUGGCGAUGAAUCCGAAGAGUAUCGGGAUGAAUUUGAUGCAUUGCUAGAGGACCAUCAGAAGGGGACUUAUAUGGGUGAUACCCUAGAGAGUGAGGAUAUUUGUAGCUUUGAGAAACUGUUGGAGUCUUCCCAGCGCCCCUUGUAUCCAGGAUGCGAAAAAUCAGAAACUCUACUAUCGUUUGUCAUUGAGUUGUUCAAGUUGAAGGUAGAUAAUAGGUUGACCAAUAAGACUGUUGAAGGUAUUCUGAAGAUACAACGGCGGAUCUUGCCAAAGGGGAAUGUGGUUCCGGGGUCAAUUUAUGAGUGCAAAAAGUUAUUGCAUGACUUGGGCUUGGGGUAUGAGCUCAUUGACACUUGCAAAAAUGAUUGUGCUCUAUUUUGGAAGGAGAAUGCUCACUUGGAGAAAUGUCCGAGUUGUGAAGAGCCAAGAUACAAGGUCAAUGAUGGAAAGGGUAAGAAGAUCCCUCACAAAAUAUUGCGUUAUUUUCCGUUGGCGCCUAGGUUGCGAAGAUUGUAUAUGUCAAGGAAGACGGCCGAAUACAUGCGCUGGUAUAGUGAUAAGCGCGUCGAUGAUGGACAAAUGAGACAUCCGGCUGAUUCUGAAGAAUGGAAGAACUUUGAUCAGCAGUAUCCAGAGUUUGCCAAGGAGAUCCGUAAUGUUAGAUUGGGCUUGGCUACUGAUGGUUUCAACCCUUUUGGGAAUAUGAGUACUUCCUAUAGUAUGUGGCCUGUCAUACUAAUACCCUACAACUUGCCUCCGUGGAAAUGCAUGAAAGAGCCAUUUUUCAUGAUGUCCUUACUAAUUCCUGGACCCAAUCAACCAGGUACUAAUAUUGAUGUGUACUUAAGGCCCUUGGUUGACGAGUUAAAGGAGUUAUGGGAGAAUGGCGUUAUGACUUACGAUGCCUUUACUGAACAGACCUUUCAAAUGCAUGCUGCUGUAAUGUGGACCAUACAUGACUUUCCUGCUUAUGGUGACAUGUCCGGGUGGAGAACAAAAGGUUAUUUGGCUUGUCCCACUUGCAAUGAUAGUCCGAUAUCGCGGUGUUUGAUAGAUAAGCUCGGUUGGGUGGGUCAUCGAGCGUACUUGCCAAAGAACCAUCGAUGGAGGAAGGACAAGAAAUUUAAUGGGUUGCCUGAGCAUGACUUGAAAUCCUUAGACUUGCCAGUGUAUAAGGUAUUGGCUCAGUUGGAUAAGGUUCGACAAGUCAAGUUUGGGAAGGAUUCUACAACAAAGAAAAGACCGCGUAACUCUGAAGAAUUGAAUUGGACAAAGAAAAGCAUUUUGUGGGAGCUGCUUUACUGGAAGAACUUGAAGCUCCGACACAACCUUGACGUCAUGCACAUUGAGAAAAAUAUAUGCGAAAGUUUAUAUGGGACGAUGUUGGCCAUAGAGGGUAAGAACAAGGACACAUACAAAGCGCGUGAUGAUCUGAAAAAAAUGGGUAUAAGGUCUGAAUUGGAUCUCCAGAUGAAUGAAAAUGGAUCCUUUUUGAAGCCUCGUGCUAUUUACACAUUGGGUCCACAACAAAUUGAUGCUUUUUGUGAAUUCUUGAAGUCAAUUAGUUACCCUGAUGGUUAUGCAGCGAACAUUUCGAGGUGUGUGACAUCAAAGAAAGGUAACAAGUUAUCGGGUAUGAAAAGCCAUGACUGCCAUGUGCUUCUUCAGCGUAUUCUUCCAAUUGGGAUGCGUGGUUUUGUGAAUGGAGAGAUUAGCACGACAUUGUUUGAGUUGGGUAGUUUCUUUCAAGAAAUUUGUUCCACGACAUUAAGGCGAAGUGAUCUGGAAAGAAUGGAGGAAAAAAUAGUACUAAUACUUUGCAAGUUGGAGAGGAUCUUUCCUCCAGCUUUCUUCGAUGUAAUGGUCCAUCUUGCUAUUCAUUUGCCGCGUGAGGCCAUGCUUGGUGGACCGGUGCAAUAUCGAUGGAUGUAUCCUAUAGAAAGGUUUCUUGGGACUCUAAAAGGAUAUGUCAGUAACAAUGCACGUCCAGAGGGUUCAAUCGCAGAAACUUACAUUGUUCAAGAGUGUCUCACAUUUUGCUCAAUGUACUUAAAAAAAGGGGUUGAUAAACCUGAACGUAAUGACGAUGGUGGCGAACAUGGUUCAGGGAUGGAGAUUUUCAAGAAAAAUUCUCGUCUUUUCUCACCAAUUUCUAGGGCUCCCAGCCCAUCCAAGAAAGAACGAGAGUUGGCUCACUGGUUUGUGUUGUACAACAGCCCCGAGGUGGACCCAUAUUUAGAGGAGUACAAGAAUAUUGUUCAAAUUCAACAAGGAAGAGACCCAAGUGAGAUACAACGGCAGGAAUUUGCAAAAUGGUUCAAAAGACGGAUGAAUGAUUUGCGAUCUGAAGGGUCAUCGGAAGCUACUGAUGAACUAUGGUCUUUAGCAAAUGGUCCAGGUUCCAUAAUUGAUCUUUAUUCUGGAUGUAUUUCCAAUGGUGUCCGGUUCCACACUAGGGAUCGUGAAAGUCGUCGAAGGUGCCAGAAUAGUGGAUUGGUCGUAGAAGGAAACCAUAAGGGGAUGAAUAUUAACUUUUAUGGUUACUUGUGCAAAAUAUGGGAAUUGAGAUACCUACACGGGGGAACAAUUGUUCUGUUUGAAUGUGAGUGGUAUAAUACUGGUCAGAGGAGUAGAAUAUACAAUGAUGACUGUGUUACUAGCAUCGAUGUUAGUAGACUUUGGUACAAAGAUGAUCCAUUUGUUCUACCCAGUCAAGUGAGGCAAGUAUUUUACGUCAAUGAUACUAGCAAAGGAAAAAAUUGGAGAGUUGUUGAACGGGUGAGUAAUCGGGGAGUAUGGGAUGUGCCUGAGCAAGAUGAUGUGUCUAAUAAUGCAUUUCAGCAGGAUGAACCCACUAAUGGUAUCCCAAUCCGUGCGGGAGAUACCAAUAUUUCUUACAACAAAGACGAUGUGGAUCCUGAGAUUGUUGGUGAUGAUGAACUGAUGGAGGAUCAUAUAGAUGACAACAAUGACGGGGAUGAUACGUUGGCUGAGUAUGUAGAUGACGAAGAGGAUGAACUUAACAAACAGCCCGAUUUUGAUAAUGAUCUUGACAUAGACUGUGAUAUAUAGGAUUUGUUUUGUCCUUUAACUUUUUAUAUUUGGUAGAAUAGAAAUGCUAUUAACUCAGAGUUUUUCUAAAAUACAUGGCUUAUAGUUGGGUUUUUUUCUAGCUAAGUAUUUAUUUGAUUAAUUGGACUGCAUUCAGUAUAUAUGCUGGUUUUCAAGAUUUACGGGAAAAAGUAAUGACUUGUAGUUCACUUUUACUUGUAUGUUCUUCUGCAAAUUAUAAGUGCAGUUCAAAGGUUGCAUUUUAUUCCAGUCCCUCAAUAAAAAAAACUGAGUUGUAGUACUUCAAUAAAAUCUUGGCUUAUUUGUGGUGUUAUAUAAUAUAAGGUUUGUGCUACCAGGUACUCUUAGUUGCAAAAGAUGACCAAACGCAGUAGGAAGUAUGUCCAGCCAAGGUGUUUGUCCCAAAAGAAGACAGCCUAUGAGAAGAUCAGAGAUAAAAAUAUGGAGCAGAACGCAGCAAUUUUUGAAUCUUUAGGAUUAAAGAGCUUGGCAAAUGGACUAUUUGGCUCGAAUUCAUCGACCAAGAAGAAAAGUAGCAAGCUGGUAAAGAGCAAGACGGGUCGCGGAAAUGAUGAUGGGGAUUAUGAACAAGACGACGGUGAGGAAGGAAUGAGUUCUUCUAAAGAAGGAGGUGUAUCUUCUAGGUUGCAGGGGAAUAAGGUUUGUAGGGCUCCAAGAAAGAAGAAGGGUUGCUACGGUGCUCACAUUUCAAGAGAUUCAGAGCCAUGUUGGACAGAUACGAGUAUUCCGAUAGGAGAAACUCAUGUUGUACAAGGACAGGCUUUAACGCCAUUGGUUGAUCAUGUGCAAAGUAUGCCUGGGGUGACGACCCAGCCAACCCAGCUCCCCACCUCGUCUACCCAGCCUCACCUGCUUCCUAACGCAGACGAAGUCCGACAGAGGAAAGCAUGCCCGAUCCAAGGUGAAAUUCAAUCAUACAAGUGGCUCCAGAUCGUUUAUAUCGCGAGCUUCUAUGAUUCUAAAAGAGAAGCGUAAAAAACAGAACAUUG